AUGAUGAUCCUGGGAUAUUGGGAUAUCAGAGGGGUGAGUGAGCCUGCACAUGCUGGUAAUGGCGGCUGCGUGUGACCAGGACAUAUACUGAUUGCUUGCUUUUACUUCUUUUUGCAGCUGGCUCAUUCUAUCCGCCUCCUGCUGGAGUACACGGAGACCCCAUUUGAAGACAAGCACUAUGUGGUGGGAGAUGGUGAGUGUCUGGGCACAGGAAGAACUAGGGCAGGUUUGGGGGAGGGUGUAGCGUUAAUGCAUGUCUGUCUAUGUCUGGGGGAAUGCUAGCUGUGAAGGGAGGGGUGAUGUCAUUCAUUGUGUCUAUGGCUACAUAUUUUCUUGCAUUCUAUAAAAAGCUUUUUGAUGUCCCUGUUGUCUGCACACUUGCAAUGUAAGGAACAUGGUGUUUGUGCCAUUUGUUUCAUCCACCCCUUUUAAUAAACUUUUAUUCUGAUACUGGUCGGUUUGGAGUUUUAAAGAAUUAUUUUGGACUUUCAAUACUCGCACUCCAAAAAAUAUUCUGUUCCUGACCCUCUAUUAUUGUAAAGUAUGCAUAUAAUGCUCUGCAUCACUACAUGUAAGGGAGACCACUCUAUGUAUUUGGCAGGUGGCUUUCUUUUAUUCUUAAUGGGAAACUAUAUGCACCAGAGCCCCUACAGCUUUAAUGUAGUGCAGGGAUAGGCAACCUAUAUAGUAGUACUGUGCCAAAACACAAUCUUUGAGUGCCUGUUCAUUUAAAUUGAGGUGUGUAUGUUACCAUAUUCUGCAUGUUAUUUAUGGGUGAUGCAGUUGCUUUGUAACACAUUUUUGUGUAUGUGGGCUGUUUUAUAUUGUAUACGUUUGUGGUAUUGUGAAUUAUACUUAUGAAUGUGAGCUGCUUGUGGAAGUGUGUAUGUGUCAGGCUGCUUGUGGGGCUAUGUUUGUGUGUGUGUGUGUGUGUGUGUAUGCAGAUUGUCAGUAGAGAGGUGUGUGUGUGUGUCUAUUUGUAUGAGGGGGGGGUUUAUUUUGCGGCUCUGUGUAUAUCUAGCAGUGUGGGUGGCUUCCCUGGGGUCCACUAGGGACUGGGCUGGCCAGGUAUGGUUCCAGUUCAGGAGCUGCGAUAGAGGCAGCGGGCUGCUUACAUCCAGUGCAGAUUCCUGUUCACAUGGUCUGGGAGGAAGUGAUCUUGUAUAACUUCCUGCAAGUGCUGCAAUGCGUAAGUUGAGGAUUAUCCAUCACAGCCUGCAAUCACCGCUUGGUUUAAACUAGCAGAUAUCCACGUCCAACUGGGACUCCUGAUAGGCCAGAGCUUGUGCCUCGAGUGUCAUGCAUGGCAAGUGGUUCUGGUGUGUCGUCUGUUUCUGCAGACUUUUUAAUGUAAACAUUGCUUGGUAACUGCUCUAGUGGCAGUAACUCAGACUACUAGAGGUGCUUCCUAGUCCAGUGAUGCACAGUGUGUCUUUGAGGAGAUGCUGAUUGGUGUGGUGUUUUGCUGUGCAUGCGCAAUAUCCUUCAAUGCUUUCCUAUGGGCAAGCAUUGCGUUGGCUGAGAUUAUUUUUGGCAUCUAUAUAGCACCUAUUCCGCAGUGCUUUACAAUUUUAUAAAAGGGGAAAAUUUUAAAAAUAAAUGAGAUGAUAAUUACAAGAUGUUACAGGAACAAUAGGGUUGGUGAAGGCCAUGCUUAAACGAGUUUACAUCCAUUGGCAGGAUGUAAAUCCUAGAGAACCAGUCCUGCUCUAAGAAACAAACACAUGCUUUGUAAAUGUCCAUAUCUCCAUUCUUUGUCAGCUGAAGGAAGGGGAGAGAGAGAAAUAUUUUUUUUUUUUUUUUUUUAAUUGCUCUGACUGUUUUUUGGGGGGGAAUGUCUGAGCACUUUCACCAGCUGCAGCCCUGUAUUGCACUGUGAAUGAAUGUGUUAUUUUGUACUCUAAGGGGGGCACAUUCAGGGUAAUGUUUCUGCACUAAGCUCCAUUUAGCUGGCUCCAAACUAAUUUUGUGGGGGAUUUAUACUGGAAUGUUCCCAGUGUGACCAUGUCUUUGUAGUUUUCUUCAAUCACCCUGUGUAUGAUUCUGUUGGUGAGCAGAACUAAUUGUGCUAUUAGCGUGUUGCCACGAUUCUUCUCCGUGUGUAUUAUGGCAUCUAGAGACAGAUUAGUCUAAAUUUGUAAUGGAAGCCAAUGCAGAACUCUUAUGCCAGGUUGUUAAAGGGACACUCUACUUCCCAAAUAAAAUAUAUAUUUGUGCUCGGAAUUUAAAUACGUAAUGGAUAGUAUCUGUGAGCAAAGUUGGUUGUGGUGUGCCGAAACCAACGUACGAGUGGGCCUGUAAAUAAGAGGGCCCACCAAGGAGAAUGUCCCCACCCACCUACACCCUGUUUUAACUACAAUCAGCUGAGCCGCAGCGGUGAGUAGGGGCUGGGAGUUUAAGUAGGGGACUUACUCCUCCCACAAAUUCAGGCCUAAUGGCCUUUCUACUUGUGCUCGGAAUUUAAAUACGUAAUGGAUAGUAUCUGUGAGCAAAGUUGGUUGUGGUGUGAUGAAACCAACAUACAAGUGGGCCUGUAAAUAAAAGAGGGCAAAAUAUAAAUUCUAGAAAAUAAUAACUUUAUUGCAUUUUACAAGACCAAGUUCCUGAAAGCUUGGCAAAGCUCUUUCUCCGGUUGCGGAAUAUAUGCAUUAUAUAUGGAGGAUUUCCAUCGCCCCAGCCUUUUGAUGAUGUGGACCGGUGCGUUUGUGCUAGAGGCUGCUGAGGUGGCUCUUAUACGGAAGGCCCGGAGAAUGCAGCCGGGUUGUUUCCGAGCUUAGAUAACAGGGUUCUGACAUGUAACAUCAAUUUUGCCGUGGUAAGCGGGUGCCCUUGUAAUGUUAAGAGCGGAGAGUCUGGCAGGUGAGCGUGAAGAGUUGACCGUAGUUGGUCUAGAACCUUCACCGGACACCAGGCAUUAUUGUAGGGUGUAGUGUCCGGUUGGUUUUAGUGGUAGGGAUAGAAAGUAGGUAGUGAUCCUCUAUCUUGGUGAGGUGUGAAGUUUUAAGGCUUAGCGCGAUAUCUCCUUGACAAACCACGGUGAACUCUCUAGGUCUGAGAGAACCAUAGAAAGCGAUAUCUAUAUAUCUCUAUCUCAGAUUUGAUCACAGUAUUGGUGUUGCUAUCGAAUGGGGCUGUGUCAAGGAGAUUGCUAAGUGACCUGAAGAUAGGCCCGUCUAUAGGUAAUCUAGUGCUUGCGAGUGGAGGUGAAACCUUUGACAUACCUUUCAAGACCUUUUUAAUGGGGUAUGAUGACAAAAAGGGAGUUCUGUUAGGAAAAUUGGUGAGGCUGUGGUGCUGAACCACGGUGAGGUAAAGUUUAAUGGUGUUGUGCGACAGUUUAAGGUGUAGGUGGCAGAAAGAGGCAAGUCACCAUGGUUUGGAUAGAAAAGUCACCUUGUAGACCGAAUUCUGCAGUGAAUUUGUUAAAUAUGUUAAGUGCCCUAUUGUAAGUGGUAGCAGUGUUGGGUGAUAAUGCUUGGUGAGUGAGUGAUCUAGCGUGAAGCAAGAGUGUGCUUAAUCCAAGAUUAGUUCGUGAAACCGUGGUGUCCUGGAUGGCUCUUGGUGAGCCGUUGAGUGCCUGAGAAAAUGCCUGGAAUUGAGAACGAGAGAGCGUCAGCGGCCGUGUUGUGAAUACCCGGGAUGUGAGAGCAUACUAAGUGAAACUGACCGAUGCUGCCAGCCAGGUCAACUUGCGAAUCAGCCGCAUGAUGGUCAGAGAUGAUGAGCGCCCUUUGUUAACGAUUUCGCAAGCUGCCGAGUUAUCUGAGUAGCAUUUUACUACCUUGCCGGACCAGAGAUGACCCCAGGUGUGUGCGGCUGCCACAAUUGGGUAAAUUUCAAAUAGGGCUGAGGUCUCCCUGAAUCCUGGCAAGGCAUCCGUCUCAGUGGGCCAGUGGCCCCUAAACCAGUGGUUCCCAAAAAUGGCUGCGAAACCGGUGUUGGCUGCUGCAUCUGUGUGGAUGAUGGGUGGAGAGAGGGGGGAUAAACAUGGAGAUACCAUUCCAGUUUUUCAAAAACUUCCCCCACAUAGCUAAGUCAGCCUUGGCGUGGGGGUCCAAAGAAACUGUGCCGGAGUCCGGGACUCCGUGGAGCAGACAAAGAAGUCUGGAUAUGAAAGACAUUCCCUGCGGAAUGAUGCGCAUGGCGAAGUUCAGAGAUCCAAGAAGGGACUGAAGUUCUCUCCUGGUGCAAACAUCGUUCCGCAGGAACAUGUCUAUCUCCCCUCUCAAUCGUGAUAGUUUGUCGUGGGGAAGGCUAGCUCUGAGUUUGACAGAGUCGAGCUCUAUGCCUAAAAAGGUCAACUUUGUUGUGGGUCCUAAAGUUUUGGCUGGGGACAAAGGGACUCCAAGUGUGGAAAAUAGUGCGGUAGUACUUUUGAUUGCUGAGGGUGUUGAUGACCCUGGCUCUAUCUGUAGAAAGUCGUCUAGAUAGUGAAUAACGGAGUGACACCUGAUGACGUUCAGAAGCAGCCAGCUUAGUGACUCUGCGAAAAUGUCAAAAAGUUUGGGGCUGCUUCGAGAACCGAAAGUGAGUCCUGUUGAGAAGUAAUAAUUCCCUCGCCAUUUAACACUGUGUAAGUGCCAGAGUGAGGGGUGUAUGGGCAGUAAUUUAAACGCGCUUGUGAUGUCUGUUUUGCUGAGCCAGGGUCGAUUACCAGAUGAUAUGAUGGACUGUAUGGUGUCGUCGAUGGUAACAUACUGAAGUGAGAAUUCAUCUGCUGGAAUGAGUGCGUUUAUGCUUGGAACAAAAGAGGAGUGCGAUGCCGAUUAAAUCGAUAAGAUGUUUUUUUAUUAGAAUAUUUGUGAAUAGCAAUACCAAUAGGGUUAGUGCGCCAGGAGGAAAACGGUGAAGAGGUGAAGGGUCCGAUCAUGAAACCGUUAGUGGUUUCUGAGGAAAUGAGUGUCUAUAGCGACUGGGUCUAAACAUGCUGACUGGAGAUUAGGACAUUCUAGUGUACCUGGGGGAAUGGCUACUAUGCCUGUGUGAAACCCUUGUGAGAAACCUGUGGUGAGAAAAUCCACCAAGUGCCUGCUGGGGUGAGACCUUAGAUAAAAAACCAGGUUGUCAAUAUUUAUGUCGAUUAGUCAUUUGUUUGGUGACAACCUGGCUGGACACAUGGUCUUGGUAUGUGCCCUGAAACAUAUAGAGCAGAUGUGCAAUAAUCUACAGGCGCUGAAACUGCAGGAGCCUGCGUUGAAAUUAUUGCACACCUGCGCCUUACCUAAAAAGGAGAUGGGCCUACCCAGCUUAUCACGAAGACCACCCGCUGGCUUGUUGUGAGGGGUGAAAGUGGAGUGAGGUGUGAACGUGGGGUGACGGGUGGGAGUGGAGGUGGUGGGAUCUGAUUCGACGGGACAUAAGUCCGCCAUGUGGGAUGCAGAAUUACAAAUGGCACAAGCCGGGGGCUUGAGUCCAGCGAAGUGGUGACAGAAAAGUUCUGUGUCCAUCUGACCCCAGUUCAUUCUAAUGUUGAACUGCUUGAGAUGGGUUGCCGCCUUCGCUGAAACUGACUUGUGGUAGUCGUAGAAGGAAGAGCCCCCGUACUUGAUGCCUAGAUCCACUACCUUGUGGAGCUAGAGAUCUAGCUUUUCUCUCCUGUGGGGAUACACCGUGCAAAUGACGUCGCGGUAUAUCCCGAAAGCUAUCACGAACUGGGGGAUAGACUAUUUUUUUUAUUUUUUUUAUUUUUUUUAUUGAGCCUGGGAUCCCUCGUUUUGAGCACGACUGAAAUGUCACCAUAGUUGUAUGCCUUAUUCUCGAGUAUAUCCCGAGAGGCUAUGAGUAAAGACACCAGACACGCAUCCUUCCCGUCUAGGAUAUCUUUCCUGAUAGAGUCUGGGACGGAGUGUGCUGGUGACUCGAAUGGUGUGAUGGCUAUAGGGGGGCAUGUUGGUAUAGCAGGUACAGCCGUGGUAGAGACUGGGACUUCGGUGUUAGUACCUGAGGAGGAGAUGGCGCUCUCCACCUUAGCCUGCUAUUGAGGGUCUGUAGAUUGGCCAAGAUAUCUGCCAGGGUAUCCUGGGUGGCCGUGCUGUUUCUUGGUGGUUGUCCUUGAGAGCUAGUUCCAGGCCUAGGCUCGGGGGCUUGUUGGGUAAGCAGCCUAUAAAGUUCUGACUUUCUAGCUGUGGCCGGAAAGGGAUUCCCCUGAGCCUAAGCUCGGUCGUGAUUUUGGGAAUAGGCCAUGCUCUCAAGGACGUGGGGGUUGAAAGGGUGAGUGAUUCGCCUGGAGACCCAGGUCUGAUUGGCGUGAAUGGUGUUUUCUUCUGUCAAUUCUUCGGUUGGAAUUGGUUCUUGGUACAUUCUAAAAAGGAAUGAUUAUGUGAAAGAUAUAUUGGAGGGGGAGUGAGGUAAGUAGGAGGGGUAUGGGGGGUGGUGUAUUUGGAAGAACUGGACUGUAAUGCUAGAUGCCGAAGCGAAAAACUUAACUGUUGAAUGACUGGAUAGGUGAGGCCCUGCUAAUGCCAAGUGGCGGUGAGAGGCUCUACCUAUGAUUUGGCUUAUGACGUAGCUGCCACAGACGUGGUGGCGGGAUGUUGGCCUCUCGGUGACGGUAAAGAGAAAUCAAAACGUGUGGCCGUGACAGGUGAGGCCCUAACUAGAGCCCUGUAGUAGGGCAUGAGAGGCUUAUAACUAUGAAUUGGGCGUGGGGCCAUACCUCCGUGUUGAGGUGGGGUGGGGGUGGUAGGCCUCGCGGGGUCGGAUUUCCUGAUAGGGUGGGCUACGGCAUUAGCCUGGGCCCUGUAGUCAGUUCGAUUGUAUGCUUAAGGGUAAAGUGAGAGGACUGGAGUGGUGUGUGGAUGCUAACCUUGACUGGUCGCAAAUGGUAUCUGGAGCCUCUUGGUGGUAAUAAGUGUAGAGAGUCUUGUCUUAUUGCUGUCCUUGAGGAAAAAUCCUGAGGAUUUAAGACAGAUGUUGAUGUAUUUAUGUGUAUCGUGAUGUCGUAUGAUUAGUAUUGGGAAUUGGUUUGUUAGGGGCGCAAUGUGAGAUCCUGCAUUGAGGGAUCUGGAAGGUUAGGUGUAAGAAUGGGAUGAUUUUAGAUAUUUGUGAGAAGGUAGAAUGAGGCCUUGGGGUAGCGAAUGGACGUACUUGAGUAAGGACGUAAGUACCUGAAGGUAUGGCUGAGUACCGGGUCAGGUUUUGGUGUUUUCUGAGCCUGAUGGCCGUACGACCGAAUGUCUGUGUAGACAAAUAGUAAAGAGAUAACGUAUUGUGGGCGUAAGCCUGAGAAAAGGUAGUAAUGGAAUUGAGACCGUGUGAGGUCUAGUAUGGAAAAGAGAGUGAACUAUACCUUGGUUUUGAAGUACAGAGAUUACGUUUAAGCGAGGCAGGUUAACUGCGUUGAAUCGGUGGAAGUUUAGAAUAAUACAGGAUCUAAGGGUUUAACCAAAGACAAUUUCCAUAUUUAGCGACAGAUGUGAAGGUAAGUGAUAAAACCUGAUAACUCAAAGUGAUAAGAUACAAUACCUGUUCCUGUAAUAAAGGACCUUGAAAUAACAACUUUAGCGCAGAAAAGCAAGAGACCGAUGCAAUCUGUAAAAGCCAAAAUAUGUGACAGCGUGAUUUAUGUGAAAGGAAUAGUACGGAUGUUGGUGUAAUGGGUAUUUCUGGCACGUAGUGUUUAAAUUACUUAUAUCUGAGUGUUUUUAGAAAAAUGGUAUUGCUUGUAUUAGUCACGUAUGAAGGUAUGUACCAUGGUUAAAACAGUAUGUUUAUUACAGUAUAAUACGUUAAUCGGUUAGCAUAGGUAGGAAAAACACAAGGCUGGUAGUUAAACCAGAUAGUAUAACCCCAUACUGAUGUGAAGGUAUUAGUAAUAAUCUGACCGAACAAGGAAUAUACGAAAAAUGUAGUAGGAUUCGUGUGAUUAGAAUUUGUGCAUACUUUAGCUUGUUAGAAUAGAAAUAUAGCCGAAUAUGGAUUAGUAAGAUGGUGUUCGUGUAUUAACCGUACAAAAUAGGUUGGUACUGAGUGACCGAACGGAAAAAGGAAUACAGAUAAUAAUGAGCUUAAUACUUUAAACAUAUUCGUACGGAAACUACCGAAUCUAUAGUUAAACAAUAGUAAAAUGAGCCGAACGUUCGUGCGUUUUGGCGCGAACGGAAACUUUAGCUGAAGAGCAUGUACUCAUGUAAAUGCGAUAGAGGGCGCCUACCCCUAAGUUUUUAGGCCCGAACGGCGGGGAAUAGCGAACGCUUAUUCCCUUGCCUAGCUUACGUGAACGUGCCGGUCUCGUGACCGGAAGUCGGGUACCUCGACCGGGGAAAAACCGAGUGGAAGGACCUCGAACGGAUGGAGGAUUGAUCAGGACGUCUGACUGCUGGAAACAGGAACAGUUCUGGCGGAAAGCUGGACCGGAAGUGCUGGACAAUCAGCUGAGCCGCAGCGGUGAGUAGGGGCUGGGAGUUUAAGUAGGGGACUUACUCCUCCCACAAAUUCAGGCCUAAUGGCCUUUCUACAUAUAUAUAAAAAUACUGUUUUGGUAGGUCAGAGCUCAACAAAUCCUAGGUGCCAGGUUGCUAUGGUGAUCAGUAAUUUUAGUCUAGCAUUUGUGAGCCUGUUCCCGCCAAGGUGGGUGGUGGCCUGCUGACUGCACAUUCUGUAGGCAGGCAGCGAGGGAGCUGUGAUCUCCCUGCUCUGCUGCACAAGGCAGCAGAGCAGGAAGAACACAGCUCCCUCGCCGCCUGCCUACAGAACGCGCAGCCGGCUUUCUUCUCUGUACCCUAGUCAGAUGCCCACAGGGAAAACCAAUCCGCUCCACCUUCCAAAAAGUAGGGAGGCUGGGUUGGAUGAAAUUGCAUUAUAACAAAUAAUGGUUUUGUGUGUGUUUAGGUGACCAGACCCCCUUUAGAUCACAUGGGAAUAGUGUUUAUACUAUUUUAAUGCCACAGAGGAAAGUGAGGGGGAUGUGUGUGUUGGGUGUGGUGUGUGGGGGAUUUUUUUUUUUUUUUUUCUCCUCUUGACUAAACCUGACCUUUACAUGAAUGGCUGGGGGAAAUCGCAAACUUAUGGCUGUCCUUUGUCAAGUUAUGUUAGCCAUAGGGAAUAUAUUAAGACAGAAAGUAGUCCCUACUUUGUCUUAGUAUAUCUCUCUCGACUGUGUUGGAAUGUCGGUGAGAUUUUAUUUUUUUUUGGGUGGGAGGGAGGGUUUAUUAGUUUAAAGGUAUUCAUAAGCAUACCCUCUUCUGUCUUGCUACAGACUUUUAGGACUUUUUUAGCAAGAUUAAAAGUAUCAAGGUAAAUUCUUAGUGUGGGGACUUUUUUUUUUUUUUUUUUUGACAUACUUUAUUUAUGUCACACAGUAUUAAACAUACAGGCACUGAUUGACAUGUCUACAAGUUGAUGUAAAACAAAAAUAUUGACAGAUACAAACCCAAACAUGUGGAGAAUGCUGCAUCUGUUUUAUGUUGGAAACCAACCUUUACACGGUAGACCUCCAUGGAUAAGGAUUGAGCUAGUAAAGUGGAUAAAACAGAGUAGGUUCUAAUCCUUGGUAAUGAUUAGCCAGCAUAAAAUAGAUGAGGUAGGACAGAUGCAUAACCAGCUAAAUUAAACUAACCACCCGGGAGGCACCUGGCAGAAACCAAGAUCAGCUACCUAUGAUGUUAUUGAGAUAAUCAUGAGUGCCAAACUUAAUAAUUUAUGCACGGUAGAUCAGCAGGGGGGCAUCUGUAAGUGUAAUUGCAGAGACUCUAGUCAAGUGGAUUGGGUAAUUGCCACAAUGCUAGAAUUCCGUUCCCAUAGCCCAUACCAUGUAAAGGCAGAAGAUACUGCUGAGAACGCUUUUGGCACCAGAGCCCAGUUGCAGGUAUGAGCUGUGUCAAGAAGAAAAGAAGCACAGAAGGCUGAGGCAUCCACAAAUAUUUGCCAGUGAAGAAGUAAAGUGCAAUAAUUUGGCAAUGCUGGUCCACAGAUCCUUCAACUCCUGGUAUUGUGAAAUAAUUAUCGGGUCAGAGAUGAAACCAGGAAACUCCAGACAGUUCGUUGAAGAACAAAGGCUAUUUAUUGUUUUGCAGCUGCAAAGGUCUGUCAGACAAUAGACUUGGAAUACUCGACUGAGCACACGUUUUACAAGAGAACAAAGAAUAUAUACCACAAAUGACGUAUUCCAUAGGUAUACAGAGAAUAUGAAAUUUACACCUUCAUUACUAUAGUUGCCUCCAACUUUUAAACUAAAACUUGUCUCUUACUUUAUCUAGUAGUGGGUGUUCCUGACAUUCCACACAUGUGCCCUGGCCCAAGAUAGUUGCACAGUAGUUUUAACCAUGUGAGUUCUGAACUUUACUUAAACAUCCUGUAGCUUCUACCACAGUAUCAGGGUCAGGGGCUCCAGAAAGUCCUGCUUUUUCGAAGUUGUGAUCAGCAGGUAGGGAUAUCCCCCUGGUACACAAGCAAAUACUCCCACGUGUCCAAGCGCCUGCAAUGUGAGCUGAGUCUAAAUUAGCGGUAUCUGCCAAAGCUUAGGGAGCUACACCAAGAUUCGGCUGUCUAUGUUGACAGUCAGGCCUCACCUGGUAAACUUAAACUCACACUUUAAUGACUUGCAGUAGCACUAAAAAACUGAUUUUUAACGCGAUUCAAGCACCAUAAGUGCUACACCCAGUUAUGGUGCCAGCUGCCUGCCAUUUCCUGUGGAGCCAGAAGUUAUGCAAGGUGCUUCCAUUGGCUCUACUAAGCUAAGACUGCUUAUUGUCUGAGCAUGUUAGUUGUGCUAAAACCUGUUAUUUACAUGUGGAUAAAGAUUUGGGAGAGUGUGCAAAAUAUCAUUUAUUUUUUAUUUUUUUUUGGGUGUGUAUUUGGAAUAAAACAUUAUGAAUAUUGAAAUGAUUGCUGUCCUAGAGCAUAAAGCACAGAAUGGCUUGGCUCAAUGCAGUAGUUUUCAGGGACACAGAGUAAGAUGACAAGCAUACUCCAAGCUUGACUACUUACCCUGGGAAACUGCCAGCCAUUCCUGAUACCAUAACCACUGCAACAUACUAGGCAUGUUCCUUAUGCUUGAUCAUUUUUAUGAUCCCGGUGAUGGGACGCCUGGCACCUGACUGGGUACCUCCGCCAAUCGAUGCUUCCUUGCUGAGGACCGUAAGCACCGCACCAUAGACCCCACGAAUCGCUGCAGCUUAGUUGGGGUUUCGCCAUCCUAAACCAAACUCCUGGAUCUAGGGACUCAGUGGCAAGGCCUCUCCUCUAAGAUGGUAUAACUGUGAAGCUCUUAUAAGAGCUAGUGGUAUAGGUGUAUAGCAGGUCCUCUACAAUCACGAGACCAGGCUAUGUGUGGAGGGUUAAGCAGAAACUGAAUUUUAAUGGUGCCACACUGGCCUUUUAUGACCAUUCCCCAAGCAAGGUGUACGCCCACAUGUCCCUUGUUGGGGACAGGGGCACAAACUUACAAACCAAUGAUAACCUGUUUACAAUGUAUGACACUCCCCCCCCCCCAUACAAUACAUUAAGCCUUCCCCUUUAAUUAGGAGAUAAUUGAGUCAAGCACUAUACUAAACUCCAUUUUCCUGGCCAAUCAUGGCAGCAUUUACCUAUGGGUUAGCUUUUCCCUCUAGUUAAUAGGACAGGUAAAACUUAAAUUAAACAAUCAAGAGGACAGGUAUGUCAGCCCAGUUCCUCAGUCUUUUUUUUUUUUUUCCUGUCCUCUUAGAUUUUUUUUAUUUUAUUUUUUUGCUCAUCUGACUAUAUUUGUAGUCUUCAUCCUGGGCAGGUCAGCCUCCCUGCCCAGGAAGCUCCAGGUUAACCUGGAGCCCACCUCUGUGUAGAUGGGAACCCCUGGAGACUGCAGAAAUUAAUCUCUGCAGUACAUCUUGGAUCCUGCUGCUGCUACAUCUAUGCUUCCAGGCUUGGCCGGGUAUGUGUUCGGCAGAAUUCAAAGGUCUGGUAGGUGUUUCGCCGGUUUCUGGCUGUAUAUGCCUCUAGCAGGCAAAAACUGCACGAACGGCAAGCAGUUUGUAUGUAUCGGGCGUGCUCAUGCGCAAAUAGCACGGCCGCGAAUGACCCUAGUUUGCCAGUUCUAAAGAUGGCGUUCGGGUCUCUUGUUUGGCCAUGCACCCAUGUGCACAGAUUUAAAGGCGCGAAAAUUUAAAACUGAGGCUUUUUAAAGUUUACAGCUUUUCUCUGCACAGCAAGCUCGGAUUUGGAUGCGGUGGGUGGUGUGGUUUUUUUUAUUUAUUUAUUUAUUUAUUUAUUUAUUUUUUCUCAAUUCCAGAAAUUUAGCCUGCUGCAGGUAAGAGAGGGAAUUUGUUUCCCAUUAAGAAAUUUAUGGUGCAUACAUUACAUACUUCGCCCAUAGAUCAAUAUGGACCAUUCUCCCAUCUUUGCCAAGUCAUCUGCAAUAGGUCAUAGGUGAGCAAUAAUCAUUCUUUUAUUUAUUGGAAAUAUUAUUAAAGAGGUGCACAGAGGGUACAGUCUUUUUAUGACUUCUGUCUCAACAGCCCUCAAGACCGGUCGGGUCAUAGAUCUCCAUCACGGUGAAGGGAGAAGCUGGCGGCCUGCCCAGGAUGUGGUGCAAGACCCUUGGAGGAUUGCAGGCUUUGCGGAAAGUGCUUAGCCCUACUUGUGGGUGAAUCUGAACAACAUCAGGCACCCCAGGCCUCAACCUCUGCACAAGAUAUUGCCACUUGGAUAAAACAGGCAGUGGCAGAAGGAAUGGCCGAAUCUACUAGAGGCAGAAGGCCCAGACAAAAUCCAGAUGGGAUCAGAAUCUUUAGAGGAAGGGAGGCAAGGCACUAAAGACUCCUGGGAGUUGAAACAGACUUCCUCCAGUGAAGAGGAAGCCUCCAACAGUCAAUGCCCCUUGGACUCAAGAGCCGUGGAGCAUCUAAUCUCCUUGGUCAGGAGAACAUUGGAGAUUCCAGAGGAGGUACAAGAGUCCUCUGCAUUAGACAGAUUUAUUUUUUUUGGUGAUCUGAGCCGCAAAAGAGUCUUGUUUCCUGUACAUAAAUCUAUUAAGGAACUUAAGAAGACUGGGAAACUCCAGAGAAAAGAUUCUCCUUGCAAUCACGCCUCCCAAAGCUAUAUCCAGUUAAUGAGUGAUUUCAAAACUUUGGAUUUCUAAUCCUAAGGUAGAUGCACCAGUUCUAAAGGUGGCUAAACACUCCACUCUUCCCAUUGAUAGUAAUGCUUCUCUUGUCCAUCCUAUGGACAAGAGAAUUGAUGCCAACUUUUCAAAGUUGUUUGUCACAGCGGGCCUAGGCUGUCAUUCAGCAGUAGCCAUUUCAGCCAUGUCAAGGGCUAUGAAAGUAUGGGUAACGGAUAUCGAAGAAGACCUAGAUAGAGUUGUUAGACACCACAUCUCGGAAUCCCUAAAGGAGGUGGGGAAAAAAAACCAACCAGGAGGGAAAUGGAGACCGAUUCUGGAUUUAUACCAGCUCCAUCUCAGAAUCAGGAUUUAUUUGCAUGGAGUUUGAGAUUGAUCAUACCGGUGAUUCAUCAGGGAGACUGGAUGAUUUUGGUAGAUUUGACGGAUGCAUAUUAACAUAUGCCGAUUGCCAAUCCUCAUCAGAGAUUUCUCCGGUUUUGAAUCCCUUCCAGUUUCGGGCCAUGCCGUUUUUGGCAUAAGAACUUUUUCGAAAGUCCUGGUUAUGAUUUAUAGCCUUGCUAAGAAAACAAGGGGUCACAAUCUUCCAUUACUUGGACGACAUUUUGAUAACUGCUCCAGAAUACAACCUGUUGAUUCAACAUCGGUCUCUGGUUCUAGAAACUCUCCCUCCCAAUUCGGCUGGUUGUUAAAUCAAGAAAAGAGUCAACUACAUCCUUCCAGGGAGCUGAUAUUUCUCGGGGCUCAUUUCAAAACCAAAACUGCUGUUGAAUCCUUAGCCCACGAAAGGAAGUUGACUCUGUUGCACAGAGUGCGGCAAUUUCGUCAACAGUCUACGGCUCCAGCAAGGGGUUUCAUGAAGUUACUGGGCACUUAUCGUCAACGAUAGACUUUGUCAGAUGGUCACAGUGGAAUAUCCGUCCACUUCAAAAGUACCUGCUAGACCACUUCAGCGCCAAUUCUCAGGAAUGGGAAACUACCCUUUUCAUUCCACGACAUCUGAAGCAGGAUCUCCAGUGGUGGCUGUCUUGGAAUCACACAUCCCGGGGGUUUCCUCUAAAGAACGUAGACUGGUGGAUCAUAACCACCAAUGCGAGCCAGUCAGGCUGGGGUGCCCAUUUCAGAAGACGGUUUGUUCAAGCAACAUGGCCUCACCAUGCCCAUCAAUUACCCUAAAAUAUCCAGGAACUAAGAGCAGCCUUUCUGGUCCUCCUUUACUUUCAAGGCCAUCUGAGGAACAGAUGGGUGAAAAUCCGGAUAGACCACAAAGCCGCAGCGGUUUAUAUCAACCACCAGUGUACCAGGAGCACUGUACUGAGGGAAGAGAUUUUACCUCUCAUGACUUGGGCUCAGAAGAAUUUUGGCAAGGCUGUGUGCAGUCUUUCUCCCGGGGAAAGAAAAUGUGGUCGCAGAUUUCCUGAGCAGACAACAGGUAGAGGAAACGGAGUGGCAACUCUCCAGGAACAUAUUCCAACAAUUGGUCCAACGGUGGGGACUUCCCCCAAGCCGACCUUAUGGCCACAGUACAGAAUGCCCAAGUUCCAACCUUCAUCUAAAGACGGUUUCAUCCCAAGGCCAUGGCGCAGGAUGCUCUCUCAGUGAAAUGGAACUUAUAUCUUUCCUCUGAUUCCUUUGAUACAGAUGGUCCUCAAGAAAAUAUCCAAGGAGAACUGCAAGGUGAUAGCCAUUUAGGGCUCGACGUCCGUGGUUCCCCCUAUUGAGACUAAUGAUAGACAAUCCUUGGGACAUACCUCUGUCAGAGGAUCUGUUGUCUCAGGGACCUCUUCAACAUUCAGAACCACACAAACUCAGGUUUCAGGCCUGGCUCUUGAAAGGUGAUCCCUAAUCUCUAAAGGUAUUCCAGAACAGGUGGUGUCUACUGUGUUGCAGGAAAGUUUCUACCUCUCACACGUAUCACAGGAUUUGGAAUAAAUUUGCAGACUGGUUGAAGGAAGUUCAUUCCUUAGAAGUCACGAAUUUGCAAGUGUUGGAAUUUUUACAAGCCGGACUGGACAAGGGCCUCAGCCUCAAUACACUUAAAGUUCAUUGUUCAGCAAUUUCUGCCAUUUCAGGGAUCAGAUGGGCUGAAGUUCAUCCUGGGCAGGUCAGCCUCCCUGCCUAGGAAGCUCCAGGUUUCUUUCUUAAGUGUUCCUUAGCUUCUUAAAGUUUUGCGGGGGGUGGGACCGGGCGGCCAUGCUAGUGCGCUGCAGAUUACCAUGGCUCCAACUAAAAGGGGGAAAAUACCCACCUUACUCAGCGUGGACCAUCCUGGAAGCUCAUGGUACAGGGUCCUGGAGCACCCGACAUCAGAUAAUUCUGGGCCAUGUUGAGAUGGUCAGGGCCUGAGGCGGGUUAUGCUGGUCCCCACUGGGCACAUAAACAUCUCUGCAGUGCUCCUGGGCGAUUCAACUCCGACAACAAACAGCUACCAUGCGGCCUCAACAAAAUGUCCGACAGCGAAGCACCUAACAGGCCGCCAGAGAAGAGCCUCGAAGGGCAAGCUGAGUUUCAUAACACACAGCCAAAGCCAUGACCGCCUCCGGAAUACAAACAUAGCCAAGAAGGGGAGAUGGAAGCCUGCAAUUCUACCAAAUACCUACUUUGCCCUGCAGCGUCCUCUGGACUUAAUGGACUCUGGGGCGCCCUGCGAGGAUUACUCUUAAGCCGGAGAACAGGAUGCUUAUUUACACCAUCUCGAAAGCCGACGGCUGCUUUUAGCGCCUCAUGACGGAAGGCAUUUAAGGCACAUAUUGCAGGACUCACCGACAGUCUUAACAGAAGACAUCCUGGCUGUGGUACACACUAAAUGGACAUACCUGCUGCCAAUGUCACAGCCGACGUUACUGUACAUGUCGGUCUCGAUACCCUGAUUAAUGCUGUCGAUAACCCAGUAAGCCACAGCCUGCCUGGUGGUAUAUUACUUAAGCAAGUAUUUCAGCUAAGCUACUGUUUUGAAAAAGCACCUGCAUACAUAUCUGUAAUCUACAUGCUUAGAUAAUCGUGCACACAAUCUCUGCUCCCAAGCAGAAUGAGCGAGGGUUGUACUUAAGGUUAGCAACAUAACUUAAAGCGCUCAACAGUAGAAGGUUCGAUAUGUACUGGAGGUUACCACGACACUGUUUAAAACUGAUUUAGUGUGUGUUUUUUUUUUUUUUUUUUUCUACAGUAUUAACACUUCAUCUGUCAAUCGCAAGCUUAUAAUGUUCAGUAUACUAAUAUCUAUUCUUAAAGCCAGCCAGGUAAUUGGUGUGCAAACCCUGAUUUGCUAACCCCUAUUAGCCCUCCCCACUGAGACACCUAGUGAACCUGUUUAAUUAAAUUUUAAAAUGUGCAGUGAAACAGACAUACAUUAAAUUGUUCAAGUUAUGUUCUCUCAUGGUCAAUGUCUAUGUACACCUGUGAAACUUGCAAUGCACAAUAAAAAUAAAGAAUUAAAAAAAAGUUUUGCAUUGCUCUAUAAUUCUACAUAUACUCUGAAUUUUUGUUUUAUUUUAUUUUCCUUGUACUUCCUUAGCUCCCACUUAUGACCGCAGUCAUUGGCUUGAUGAAAAGGAGAAGCUGGGAUUGGAUUUUCCUAAUGUAAGUGACUCUUUAACUCUGUUUAAAUAUAUCAACGCAGAAGAUUUCGGCUUGGAAAUUUUGUGUGUAUAUAUGUGUGUGGGCUUAAACAGAGUUGGGGGAAACACCAAUUCCUUUUGACAUGCAUUUGUAGUUAUUCUGGUGACUAAAUGCAAUUUAUGCUAUUGUACAACUUUCUUGCUUUUCCUUAUUUUUCAGCUUCCAUACCUGUUGGAUGGCGAUGUCAAGCUGACUCAGAGCAACACCAUCCUGCGCUAUAUCGCAAGCAAGCAUGGAUUGUGUAAGAGUCUUUCUUUUUUUUGUAGACCAAUACACUUUAAACACACGCACAUCUUCCUUUUAACUCACUCAUGGACAUGUGUUGCUCAUGACUCUCGUGGGGGUUAAAAUCUAAAGGGGUGAAUUUAAAUUCAUCAUCGCUAAUUGCAGUCAGUACUGAAAGAUUGGAAUUAAAAAAAAGACUCAAAGGUAACAGAUUUGUUUUGGCUUAUUAUCAUGUAGCUAAUCAGACAAUGUUGUAGUUUCUAUGUUAACAAGUACAAAGCCUUGGAUCCAAAUUGGGAAUUUUAAAAGUGGACCUAACAGUGUCUGAUUUUGUAUUAUUGUAAGGUGGUGAGCCACUAUUUUAAAGAGCAUAAACUUUAUGCAAAUUAGGCUUCUCACCCUGCUUUUGGAAGUGGUAAGCAAUAUGUAUUGGUUCUAUCAUGUAGCAGGUGAGCAGUGGCGACAGGACCGGACUGGGGAUACAAAGCAGCCCUGGAAAAUAAAUCUAUACCAGCCCCAUAGAUCAUUGUGACGUGUGUGUGUGUGUGUGUGUAUAUAUGUAUACAUAUAUACAAUUUUUGUUUUUAUAAAUUGCUCAAUCAUCUGGGGCGGCAAGACAUAGCCAUACAUAUUAUUGGUAUAUUUAUUUUUUCCAAUUCAAAAUAUUGCUCCUUCCAGGGUAGUUAAAUUAAACCGCAAGUAUACUCGCAUGCAGACAGACAAUCUCACUGACCCAAGCGCAUUGAUACACAGCCUUACAGACAAUUUUGUAAAAUACAUAAGCUCAUUGACCUAAAAGCUCAAGCUCGCUGAUGCAGAGACGCUUACUGGUACAGACAAACUUACUGACACACAAGCUCAAUAGCAGGCACGCGUGCACACACACAAUCAUUGUCAUGGCUGAAGCUUACCUGGCACUGGUAGGUGAAUUUGUCAUGCACUCUGUAAAUGAAAUUAAUUAUUGCUGGCUUCAGCUUGUUCUCAAUACUUUACCAAUGUUUCUCCUUUCCAGGUGCUGAAACUGAAAAAGAUAAGAUCAAUGAAUCCCUACUUGAGAACCAGUUUAUGGAUUUUCGGAUGGGUCUUGUGCGUCUUGCCUACAACCCACAAUUCGUAAGUGAAGAUAAAGAUGAGAAAUGCAGAAAGUGUAUUAUCUUAACAAACUAUACAAUUAUCUUUCUUCCAGGAAACUCUCAAGGGACCAUACCUUGAACAACUACCUACAGCCUUGGCACGUGUUUCUAAAUUCCUUGGGGACAGACAAUGGUUUGUAGGAGACAAGGUAAUCUACCACUGUUCUAGGUCUUUCAUUACUUGUUCAUACCUUUUGCAUGUAUGAUUUUAGGUACAUGGAAUACCCUAAUUACACGGAAUUGAGUGUCAGGUGCUGACUAGAUAGGUCUAUAUUGACAUUAUAUGCUUUUCCUAGAUCACUUUCAUUGACUUUGUCGUGUAUGAUGUUUUGGACCAGCAUCAGAUGUUAGAGCCAACUUGUCUUCAAAACUUCCAGAACUUGCAGGACUUUCUGAACCGGUUUGAGGUAAACCUUGCAUGCUUUUCUCUUCCUUUUCGCAAUGUUAUACAGAGUAUAAUUUUAUUAUUCUUCCAUUUUUCAGGCUCUUCCUACUAUUGCUGCAUAUAUGAAGUCUCCUCGCUUUAUGAAGACCCCCGUAAAUAAUCGGAUGGCAUCCUGGGCUAACAAAAAAUAA